GAUGUGCGUAACAUGCAGCGGAGAGCGGUGAUCAUCAUCUGCUCACCGCAUCGCCGUGGACUGCCGCCGUGCGCACUCAAAGACGGAGACGCAUCGAGGGGCGCACCCCACUCCGCCGAGCCCGUCGUGACUGAGACACCGGUUAACACGGAGGGAGGUUGUUGAAGAAGGAACAGAAAAAAGACGAAGAAGGAAGAGAAAUAGUGUAUGGAAAGAUGUCGUCCUCUCAGACGGUUAUAGGGGUUAAUUGCCCCUCUGUUUGGGGAGAUACCCACUCUGACGCACCGACGGCGAAGCAAGCGCAUAUUUUUUUUUUUUUUUUUUUUUACAUCAGCGGAAUCUUGGCCCUCUUCAUCACACCUUAAUCGGACUAUAAAACAAGGAUUGUUGAGUGAGGGGAUGAGAUCUGCGUGAGAUGGCCAACAGAAUGGGAGUCAGUGUGUGUCUGUGAGCUGAGCUGGAGUGUCUCUCUCCCCCUCCACGGCUGUCUCGGUCCGUCAGAAACCUCCCUACGCCAGGAUGCAGCUGCUCAGAGUUGCGUGGGCACUCACCGGAGCUGCGAUCUGCUGCUUUCUAAUUCUCCUUAUCCACUCACGCCUGCUCAAAGAAGGCCAGCUGGCAGCAGGGACGUGUGAGAUUGUGACGCUGGACAGGGACAGCAGCCAACCACGGCGGACCAUCGCCAGACAGACGGCCCGCUGCGCCUGUAAGAAGGGCCAGAUCGCUGGAACUACGAGAGCCAGACCCGCCUGUGUGGACGCUGGUAUCGUGCGAAAAAAGCAGUGGUGUGAGAUGGUGCCAUGUUUGGAGGACGAGGGCUGUGACCUGUUAGUCAAUAAAUCCGGCUGGACUUGUACACAGCCCGGAGGGCGAGUCAAAACCACCACGGCUCUAUGACGCGACAAGAGUCCCCCUCGACACUCUCACACUAUGGCGGAGAACACUGAUGACCCUUUGACAGACAGCCAAAAACCAUCUACCACCACCACCAUCACAACAACAACAACAACAACAACAACAUCAACAACAACAGCUCCACCCAACCCUGGUCCCGAAAAGGCAGAAAGCAACACAAGCAGCUACAGAGCACCAAGGGCCUCAUGGAGGCAGCAAGGUCUCAUAACACAGCCAGAGACGGGAACGCCAGCGCGCAAUUGUUUGACGGAGCAAUCUCUCCUCUGGACACUGGACAAACCACUUGCUGUCUCCUCUGGAAGAAAAAAAAGACUUCCUCUUUCAUGUGACCGGUUCCCCCAGGUUUGUGACUGCUAUCUCCUGCUGUCUGUCAUCGGAUCAACAUAUCGCAUCUGCCUCCUCUCCACUCUUAUCUGCCUGCUCUGUGAAUUAGCAGCGCCCCCUUGUGCCACGGAGGAUUCGGAAACCCUUGAGAGCCUGAGAAUUGUUUUGCCUCAGUGGAAGUCCUCUGUGUUGCUGACUGCACUGCGUAAGGGAUUUCCCCCCAUCACUCUCCUAGCCUCUUACGAGACGAGAAGGAUUUUGAAGGGCAGGAGGUCCAGGGCGUAGACAGGAUUAUCACAGACCAGAUCCUGUGGCUUCUUUGACCACCUCACUGGGCCAUAGUCCGAACUGAGUGCUCACUGCUGUGAAUAGGCCUUCUGCUGGAGUAAACCUCCCAUAUUUUUAUAGACCAAAGAGGAAAACAACAGCUACGAUCAUUGUGACAGAGCGGACCAUCUGGCAAAGACAGACGGAGACUUUGUGAACUCGCUGUUUGUGUGUCGCCAGCGACCAGCAACUGCCCCGCACAGAGACAAGGUGCACAAACCGAACCUUGUGUCCGACGGGAUCCACAUAUGUACCGUACACAGUCUAAGGAGUACCUUUAACACUUUGGAGACAUUUUUUCUCAGACUAAGCCCACCACUGUAUUUUGAAACUGGAGAUUAUAGGUACUACAUACAUAUAACUGUGUAUCAAAAAAAAAAAAAUUCUGAUUUGCAUUUUUCAAUAGCUACUGUAUGGUUGGGACAACUUGCAAUAAGCAUGGUUGGUCACAGUGAAAGAGUGCAGAUUAUAUCAAAGAAAUGAUGAAUAUCUAAAGAGAGUAUUAAAGCUGUUGAGUCUAAUUGAAAAGAAGGACUAAAGAAAUGUCAUUAAAUGUAUUUUGAAAGGCCCUAAAAAGUUAUAUAUUUAACAGUUUUAUAUGUUGUACCUUUGUAGAGAAGCUUAUUGGACAAAUAAUGUGGUCACAAUGGCAGCUUAGUAGGAUGUGAACAAACGCUGUUGUUCUCAUUACUGCUGGCUCGUAGUCCCAAGUUUUCUGUUCACACAUCUGUAGCCGCUUUCUUUUCAUGGUCAUCUACAAGUCACUGUCUAUCAAAACCAUUAAGGAAAAAAAAAGGAAAGUGACAAGAUUUAUUGACUGACUGAUCUACAGCCAACUGAACAUUGUAUAUCUAUGGUAGUCAAUGGAAGCCCUUGGAAUCUGCUAAUUUGCUAUGAUAUUGUAUUGUACACGGUGUGGAAUACUGACUCGUUUCCUCUCUAUGGGUUUUGAUCUCUUAAUUUAUUUUUGUGCUUGUGUUUGUUCGCACAAAUCUGGCCUCUCUCCAGCGACGACAAUGACUACAACGCGGAGAGAGAGAAAGAGAAAGAGAGAGAAAGAGAGAGAGAGACGAGGCGGAGGAGGCAUUGCAGA